AGAAGAGCACGAGUAAGGGUCUGCAUUAAGAAGGCAGGAGGGGGAAGCAAGGUUGGUCCCUGCUUUGGCUUCUGGAGGUGGCUUGGAGAAGCAGCACUGUGCUGGGACAUCGGGGUUGGUGUAACAGGGAUAUGGAGCAGUUUGUGAGGAAGCGCUUGACCUUCCUGGCUUCCUUCUGGAACAAACUCCGCCCGAGAUCCGUCCCCGACAACUGCUCUCUGGGGUAUUUUGGUCCCGACCCUGUCUCGCUGCAACCAGACCAGGAUCCGGAUCCUGCUCUCCCUGCUUCCCCGCUCUUCAUCGCUCUGUACGAUUUCACAGCCAGGAGCACAAACGAGCUGAGCGUGAGCCGAGGAGACAAACUCUGUGUCUACAAAGACGUGGGCGAGUAUGUCUUGGCCCGCAGGCUUUCAGGGGACUCUGUAGGCUACGUGCCUGCUAAUUACGUGGCAAAGAUCAGCCAAGAAACUCCCUCCCAUCAGCUCUGGUAUUUCAGCGGCAUCAGUCGACAUGAAGCCGAGAGGCUCCUUCUCUCGCCGCCCAAUGAACACGGCUCCUUCCUCAUCCGUGACAGCGAGAGCAACAAGGGGGAAUAUUCUCUCUCAGUCCGCAGUCAGGCGAAAGUCAGCCAUUUCCGAAUCUGCAAGUGUCCCGAUGGCGGCCUGUACAUUCAAAAAGGUCAUGCUUUCCCCAGCAUGGAGGAGCUGCUCGCCUUCUACACGGAAAACUGGAAAGUGAUACAAAGCCCUUUGGUCAAACCCUGCAUCCUCAAGACACUCCCUGAAAGGGAUGAGUGGGAACGGCCCCGGUCAGAAUUCAUCCUCCGGAAGAAGCUGGGAGAAGGAAACUUCGGUGAGGUGUGGGAAGGUCUCUGGAGGAGCACGGUGCCAGUAGCCAUCAAAAUAAUUAAGCAAGCUGACAUGAAGGCAGAAGAUUUCACGAAAGAGAUUCAGAAUCUGAAGAGCCUGAAGCACGAGAAGCUGAUCCAGCUCCAUGCCGUCUGCUCCCGGGGCGAGCCGGUCUUCAUCAUCACCGAGCUCAUGAAGAAAGGCAACCUGCAGAGCUACCUCAACAGUCUGGAAGGGAAAUCCCUGAGCACCCUCCACUUGCUUGAUAUGGCUUGCCAGGUUGCUGAUGGGAUGACGUACCUAGAAGAAAAGCACAUCGUCCACAGGGACUUGGCAGCUAGGAACAUCCUCGUGGGAGACGACCUCACCUGCAAAAUCGCAGACUUUGGCCUCGCCAGGCUUCUCAAGGACGAUAUUUAUUCCACCAGUGGCAGCACCAAAAUCCCAGUGAAGUGGACAGCCCCAGAAGCAGCCAACUACCGCACCUACUCACUGAAGUCGGACAUUUGGUCCUAUGGCAUCUUGCUGUAUGAGGUCUUCACCUAUGGCCAGACACCAUAUGAAGGAAUGACGAACCAAGAAACCAUCCAGCAGAUCACCAGAGGCUACCGCCUGCCCCGGCCCAGCACGUGCCCUUCGGAGAUCUACCUCGUCAUGCUGGAGUGCUGGAAGGGGAACGCCGAGGACCGUCCCACCUUCUUCGCUCUGAGAGAGAAGCUCAACUCCAUUUACAGCCGGGUGUACAAAUUGUUCUCCUGAUGGAAACCGGCCGACGCUGCCCCGUGACAAUUAGCCCGAGUGACCUCCCCAUGCUCGCGGCAUGCCGCAGGACUUACUGCAGGGCUUCGCUCCAAAAGACCUCUGGGAGCAGAGCUGGAAACGCACCAGGGCUUCUCCUUGGGAGGCCCAGGAGAGAGCAUUGACUGUUGGAAGAGAUCAGCUCUGGGGAUGUUGUCUGGCUGCAUCCCAGAGAGCAGAAGGACUCUUCCUUGUAGAUACUGUACAGCAAAGGUGUCAGCCUGGGCGUGACACAUCCCAACUUGGAAACAGUCGGUUUGCCUUGUAUAAACUAGUGGCUGAUGCUAAUUUAUUUGCCGUGUGCAUCCGAUGUAUCUAUCAAUAAAUGUGCAUC